CGUAAAUUGCACCACCUCGUCUAAUCCCAAACGCUUUUUGAUCCACUCGUUACAUAUCGAACCAGUUCCAUCUCCCUAGAAUCCAGGGUUUUUUUCUCUCUAGAAACUGGGGUUUUCUAGCGCACCAGUAUCGUCUUCUUUCUGCUCGAACCACAGCUUUCUAGGGUUCCUACUUUUCACGCCAUAGAACACCUGCAAACUAAAUCCGUCAUUCUUCUGCGAAUUUUUUGUGAAUUCGUAGUUUUUUUUUUUUUCCAGGUGAACUCGGUUUGAAAUCGAGGAUUUUAGCUCACGCGCGUCGAGUUUUCAAGGGAAUUUUCCUUCGUUAUGGGUACCUUCAAGUGAAAAUCUUCAUCUAUUGUUGAUUUCUUUGCUGGUGUGGACUGGUUUUUGGGUUUUCUGGGGUUUAUGGUGGUCAUUUACGCUGUAAGUUGUGAUGGGAUAAAUCAAUUGGAGUUUUUGAUAAGAAGAAAGAAGAGGAACUAUGGAGUGGGAUAGUGAUUCAGAGCCGAGUGGAGAGGAAGAGGGGUUUUUGUUGAAUGAUGGUGGGCCUCUUUCAUUCACUAUUGGGAGUUUACUCCAUUCCUCUCCCUGUGGAUUUGUGGUCACUGAUGCUUUUGAACCAGAUCAACCUAUAAUUUAUGUGAAUACCGUGUUUGAGCUGGUUACUGGUUACAAGGCGGAGGAGAUUCUCGGAAGGAAUUGUCGCUUUUUGCAAUGCAGAGGGCCAUUUGCUCAAAGGAGGCACCCGCUUGUGGACCCUGUGGUUGUUUCCGAAAUCAGGAGAUGCCUUGACGAGGGUGUUGCAUUCCAAGGUGACUUGUUAAACUUUAGGAAAGAUGGAUCCCCUCUAAUGAACAGGCUACGUCUCACUCCCAUAUAUGGAGAUGAUGGUAUCAUAACCCAUGUAAUUGGCAUCCAAUUCUUCACAGAAGCAAACGUGGAUUUGGGACCCUUACCCUUCUCCUCUCUUGCAAAAGAAUCGAAAAGACCAACAGAUCGCUUCCUUUCUGACCUUUCCUUUUAUAGACCCACUUCAUUAGGGCAUGGAAAUGCUGGCCGUGAGAUUUGUGGCAUUUUUCAACUAAGCGAUGAGGUCUUAUGUCAAAAGAUCCUUUCAAGGCUAACCCCAAGAGACAUAGCAUCAGUGGGCUUAGUGUGUAAGCGACUUUAUUUGUUAACAAAAAAUGAGGACUUAUGGAGGAUGGUCUGCCAAAACGCAUGGGGAAGAGAAACAACCAGUGUCAUAGAAACAGUUCCUGGUGCUAAGAGGUUGGGGUGGGGACGCUUGGCUAGAGAGCUAACUACUCUUGAGGCAGCAGCAUGGAGGAAGCUAACAGUUGGUGGUGCAGUCGAGCCCUCUCGUUGCAACUUCAGUGCUUGUGCAGUGGGCAACCGACUUGUUCUCUUUGGAGGUGAAGGAGUUAAUAUGCAACCAAUGAAUGAUACCUUUGUAUUGGAUCUCAAUGCUAGCAAACCAGAGUGGAGACAUGUAAAGGUAAGUUCACCACCUCCUGGUCGAUGGGGUCACACCCUUUCAUGCUUCAAUGGGUCAUGGCUUGUGGUCUUUGGUGGGUGUGGAAGGCAAGGCUUGCUCAAUGAUGUCUUCAUACUCGACCUUGAUGCUCAACACCCAGCUUGGCGUGAGGUCUCAGGGUCUGGCCCCCCUAUUCCUAGGUCAUGGCAUAGUUCUUGCACUCUUGAUGGCACAAAACUUGUAGUUUCAGGUGGAUGUGCUGAUUCUGGUGUUCUCUUAAGUGACACUUUCUUAUUGGAUCUCACUAUGGAGAAACCCACUUGGAGAGAGAUACCGGUAACUUGGACACCACCCUCUCGGCUAGGCCACUCUCUCUCUGUCUAUGACGGUCGGAAGAUCUUGAUGUUUGGUGGGUUGGCUAAGAGUGGUCCUCUUCGAUUGCGAUCUAGUGAUGUGUUUACUAUCGACCUGAGCGAAGAAGAGCCUUGUUGGAGAUGCAUAACAGGUAGUGGAAUGCCUGGUGCUGGUAACCCUGCUGGUUCAGCCCCUCCUCCUAGGUUAGAUCAUGUUGCUGUGAGCUUACCUGGUGGGAGGAUUUUGAUUUUUGGGGGUUCGGUUGCUGGUUUACACUCAGCUUCUCAGCUCUAUCUAUUGGACCCAACUGAGGAGAAACCAACAUGGAGGAUUUUGAAUGUGCCUGGUCGACCCCCACGAUUCGCUUGGGGUCAUAGUACAUGUGUAGUUGGGGGCACGAAGGCUAUAGUUCUUGGUGGACAGACUGGAGAAGAGUGGAUGUUAAGUGAGUUACAUGAAUUGUCAUUUACUAACUCGGUUGUAUGAUAGAUAUAUUGGUAGAGUUGAGUAUAUGAGAGUUAAGAUGGCCAUCUUGGCCUUGGUUCAAGAUAUGAUCAGAUGAUCAUGCUUCUUGGUCAUUUAGAGAGAUAAGAAAUGAGGAUUUGAAAAUUUAUAGAGUGCGUUCAUGGGGUUUAUGGAUGUGUUUUCAUUUCAUUAUUUUCUUGAUCAUGAAGUGAGUAGUCAAUAUGGAGAGUGUCAUACUUUCAUCAUGUUUCUCAAUGCAUUCUAGUGGGAUGAAAUGCUCGGUCUUUCAUGAUGAAGGUUUGGAAUGAAUGUGUUAUGAGGCUUCGAUGCUCAUCGGUUAGUGCUGCAGGUAGCGAUGGUUCGUAGAUUUAUGGUCAGGUUUCUCUCUCUCUCUCGCUCUCUCUCCAAUUUUCUCUCUUUUUAUUUUGGUGUUCUGUUUAAAGUUGAGCGUGUGUAUAUUACUCGAGUACUACACCGUACAUUGCUCGCUUAUUUGUUUGCGUUGUGUGUUCUAUCUGUUGUUUAUGGAUUAAAUGAAAUGGUUCUCAUGUGUCUCAUGGGAGUUUGUUUGUUU